AUGUUGACAUUUUACAUACUCCCCAACCCUUUUUCCUCCGAAGAACCAAUUGGUGAAUUCAAUGGGUCUGCGAUUGUUAAGAAAAGAUAUCAGUCCCCACUGGCAGAAUCUCUUAUUGGAUGGAGCUUAUUCACUGUCCUUGCGCUAAAGGAGUCCCAACUCUCCAUCUGUACAUUCCUUUGCGGUGCUCUUCUUUCAGAGCACCUCAUCAUCUACAGAAACCACCGCAUACCCGGAACUCGUGUCUCCGACUCACCAGCUGGCGCUUGGCUAAUCUCUCUUGUCCCCAUUAUCCUCUCCUUUCACGAUAAAACCAUCGCAUUGAAUCUAAUCAGUGCCUCAUUAGGCGCUUUUGUCCUUCUUUCCUUCCUCUACACAUCGGGAACUUCAACAGCCAUCCAUUUGUCCCUUUGGUUUAUUUGUGCUCGCGUUACCUAUCUGACUCCCACCUUCAAUAUUCUCCUUACUUUCCUCUUCGUCCUUCUCCUCUCCAUUGAACUUCUCUCCAGCUAUGUGGGUUCGCUAACAAUCUGGGAGGCCAUUCUUCUAGCCCAAAUUUGCUUCGCUUUUCACACCAACACUGUUUUUUUUAUCAUUCCUCUGCUCUGUGUCUACACGAUUGGACGCUUCAAAAUGGCACCUAGUUCCAUGACCUUUGGGACGCUUUCUAUCUCAGCGAUGUGGCUGUGGUCGCUGCUCUCCGAUGUCGUGGACCACUUGGUGGACGAGGAGUCUUACUUUGAUCCAAUGUCUGUCCUCCACUUUGAACCACUUCAGUUCAUCACAGAUUUGAUCACCCCCUUGAAUAUCUUACUUGUUACAACAGUAUGGGCACCGUUAUGUGUUGUUGCUGUUUUGGUUGUGGCCUACUUUAGUCAAGGUGUUAAUGGAAGUAACAAAACACCAUUUGCUCUACGCAAACUCUUUCACCUCCUGGCUGGUGUAGUUUAUGCAACAGGGCUGUUGGUCUCUCCCACACUGCUCUCGGUGGCUGCCGUCUGCGUCCUUCUCGCCUUCUUUUUGAUUGAGUGGACUCGGCGAAGUGGGCCUCCAGUGGCAUCCAAAUUCUUGAAUGAUGUACUGGGACCCUUUAGAGACUUACGAGAUAGUGGUGAACUCAUUUUCACUCCCAUUGCUCUGCUCCUUGGUUUGAGUCUCCCGGUUUGGAAUUUCUGCUAUUCGUGGCCUCAAGACGACCCAAUACCACCUCAGGCUUGGAGCGGUGUGAUAACAAUCGCGUUGGGUGACAGCGUGGCGGCUCUGGUGGGUCGUCAGUGGGGUCACCUGUGGUUCUGUUGGCCAGGCACCCAUCGCACUCUCAUCGGCUCUGGCGCCUCAUUCGUAUCUCAGAUGCUAUUAUGGGUUGGCCUCGCUGCCUUCUACGGUUGGCCUUGGCGGUCUGGCGUGCUGCCAUUGGCGUUUGGAGUGCUGGCAGAGGCCUACACCGAGCAGAUUGAUAAUCUGGCCAUUCCCCUUCUCGUGAUGUCUCUUUGGCCCUCCUCGUGA